ACCUGUAGCGAGCCGCGGUAGCAGUGGAAGCAUUGCUGGCGGGCAGUGGUGGCCUGGCGCGCGGUGGGCAUUGCCAGACGGGGCAAACGGGCGAGCGGAGCGGCAGGGGGCCAAGUCCGUCGGCGGGGCUCUUCUUGGGAAGGCGGACGGGGAGAAGGGGCUGCUUGGCGGCGCCAGCCUCCGCAGAGGGCGACUCCGGUGCCCUCGGUGCUCUCCCUGCCUGCCUUCGAGGAUCAGCGCCUCGUCUUGGGAGAAGGAGACCGGUUGCCAGGCUCCCGUUGCCCGCUUGGCCAGCCCGCUAGGACGGCUGCCCACCCCCAUUGGCCCCGGCAUGGCCAAGAAGACGGCGCUGCACUUCCGCGUGGUGGAGGGAAGGCACCUGCCCGCCAAAGACGUAUCUGGCACGAGCGACCCUUAUUGUAUCAUCAAGGUGGACAACGAGGUGGUUGCCAGGACUGCAACCAUAUGGAAGAAUCUCAACCCUUUCUGGGGGGAAGAAUACACUCUCCACCUCCCAAUGGGUUUCCAUAAUCUCUCGUUCUAUGUCCUGGAUGAAGACACCAUUGGGCAUGACGACGUUAUUGGCAAAAUCACCCUCAGCAAAGAAACCAUCUCUUCCAAUCCCAAAGGGAUUGACCGCUGGAUCAACCUGAGCCGCGUGGAUCCCAACGAAGACGUUCAAGGAGAGAUCUCUCUGGAGAUACAGAUCGUGGAGGAGGAAGACCACAAGCGGGCGCUCUGCUGCCAUGUCAUCGAAGCCAGGGACCUUGCGCCCAGGGAUAUCUCUGGCACCUCCGACCCCUUUGCCCGAAUUCUCUGGAAUGGGCAGGCCUUGGAAACGGCAAUUAUCAAGAAGACCCGCUUCCCUCACUGGGAUGAGAUGCUGGAGUUUGUCUUGGAGGAAGGGGUCGCUGGGGAGACUCCACUUGUCAUUGAAGUGUGGGACUGGGACAUGGUGGGCAAGAAUGAUUUCCUGGGACGGGUUGAGUUCUCUUUGGAUGCCCUCCAGAAAGCCCCUCCCAAAGGCUGGUACCGUCUGCUGCCCUUUCCCAGCGCCGAGGAGGAUGCUGGGGGAAAGCUGGGGGCCCUGAGAUUGCGAAUUCGGCUCUCCGAGGAUCGAAUCUUACCCUCCAGGUAUUACCAGCCCCUCGUCGACCUUCUGGUGGAGUCCGUCUUGUGUCCAGAGGUGAAGGAUGACGUUACGCCCAUCACUCUGCUGGAAGAUGUCUGCUCGAUGGAGAGUCGCCAAGAUGUAGCCACCAAGCUGGUCAAAAUAUUCCUCGGGCAAGGCCUGGUGGUGCCCUUCUUGGGCUGUGUGAACCUCUGUGAGAUUUCAAGAACCACGGAUCCAAACACUCUUUUCCGCUCCAACUCACUGGCUUCCAAAUCCAUGGAGCAGUUCAUGAAGGUGGUAGGAAUGCCCUACUUGCACGAGGUCUUGAAGUCUGUCAUCAACCGGAUCUUCGAGGAGAAGAAGUAUGUGGAGCUGGAUCCGUGCAAGAUUGAGCCCAGUCGGACCAGGCGGAUCUCCUUCAAGGGCUCCCUCUCCGAGGCGCAGAUUCGAGAGAGCAGCUUGGAAGUGCUCAAAGGCUACCUGAAGGACAUCAUACACGGCAUCGUCAACUCCACCCAAAAGUGUCCCACCGCCAUGAGAGUCGCUUUUAAGCAGCUACACAAACAGGUCGCCGAUCGUUUCCCGGAAGCAGAGAACCAGGAGGCCAAGUACAUUGCUAUCAGUGGCUUCAUCUUUCUGCGCUUCUUUGCGCCGGCCAUCCUGACCCCAAAACUGUUUAACCUCCGAGACCAACAUGCGGACACACAGACCAGCCGGACGCUUUUGCUCUUGGCUAAGGCGGUGCAGAGUAUUGGAAACCUUGGUCUCCAAAUCGGGCAUGGGAAGGAACAGUGGAUGGAGCCGCUGCACCCCUUUAUCUUGGCCAGCAUUGAACGAGUCAAGGAAUUCCUCGAUAGGCUGAUCGAUGUGGACUCUGAGAAUGGAGCGAGCGAGAAGCAACCGUGGACGCUUUUCCACCCCUCGGCCACCAUCAAGGAGGGCUACCUCCACAAACGCCGGGCCGAGGGCCUCCCCUUGGUCUCGCGCUUCACUUUCAAGAAACGCUACUUCUGGUUGAGCAAGGAGAGCCUCUCGUACUCCAAGUCUCCCGAGUGGCAGGUGCGGACGUCCAUCCCCGUGCAACGGAUCUGCGCGGUCGAGCGAGUGGACGAAAACGCUUUCCAGCAGCCGCACGUCAUGCAGAUCACCACGCGGGAUGCUGGCGGCCAGGUGCUCACCACGUACAUCCAAUGCAAGAACGUCAAUGAGCUCAACCAGUGGCUGUCGGCCAUCCGGAAAGUGACCGUUUCCAACGACUGCAUGCUGCCCUUUUGCCACCCGGGCACCUUCCGUGGCAACCGCUGGACUUGCUGCUUACAAACGGACCGCGCUGCUCACGGCUGCAGCCGCACGCACUCGGCGGUGACCCUGGGCGACUGGAAUGACCCUUUGGACCCGGACACCGAGGCCCAGAUGGUCUACAAGCAUCUCUUGUUGGGCAGAGACAAGCUCAGGGAGAAGUACCAGGAGUUUUCCGGCCUGGAAGAGGAAGGCGGUGGAGCUCCAAAAGACGCCAGCAGCCGGCGGAUGGCAGCAGCCGCUCGCCUUUUAGAAAUCAUCCAAGACCUGGAAGAAGCCCACGAAGCCUUUGAGUGCCAAGAAAACGAAGACGAAGGAGAAGAAAAAGGCCACGCUGCAACCAACGCCGUGCCCCAUGCCUAAGUGGUUUCUCAUUCCAGGCCCCUCGUCGUGUGUAUUCCUCCGUGUUGUGAUGAUGUCUUGACAUCCGUUGCGUUGUGGCAGGGAAAGUCGGGCUCGGUGACCUGCGGCUUUAGGGAUUGUGGCACCUGGACCGCACCGAAGUCAGGGCCCCCAUUGCCGUCACCGACACCGUUUCCGGACAAACCGGACUUUCCCGAAGAGUGACGCUGUGGAUCUUUGUGUACGUGGAGUGCGGCGGAUUUGUGGCUCCGCAGGUGGUGAUGUCCGUCCUUUUGAAAGACUCAAAGGACAAGUUUCUAGCCCUCGUGGCAGUGAGGUUUUCGAAGCCAUCGGGAGAGGCCAGUUCUGAAGUUUCGCAAAAACCGAGUGUGGGCACAGCACCAAUGUUGGGCAUCGCAACAUCCCUCCUUCGGCUUCCGCUGUGCUAAGAAAAGGAGUUGGAAGAACCGUAGAAUAAAUUAUGUGAGAUGAC